AUGGGUAACUGCCAAGAAAAAUUUACAUUAUUUUGGUUAGACGAGCAUGUACAUUCAUCUGGACACAAUCGAAAAAUAAACAAUCAGCUUUGUAAGAUAAAACCCAAUUUUGAAGCAUUCGACGAUCUUCUUCUAUGCAAAAAAGCAAUUCAAGCCUUUCCCACAGAUCAGCGAUUGAUUUUAGUCGUCAGCGGGAGAUUCGGUUCAGUAAUGGUUCCUCAAAUUUAUAAUGUCGAACAUCUUUCGGCUAUUUAUGUUUAUUGUAUGGAUAAAGAAGGCAAUAGACAAUGGGCGGAUCAGUAUACCAAAAUAAAAGAUGUUAUCAAUAAAGAAGAUGAACUUCUCGAUCGAAUCGAAUCGGACACGAUAAGUCGCGUAAAGGAUUUCAAAAACGUAUCUUUUAAUAUAUAUGGUCGUCCAGUAGACCCCAAACGCUCAGCAACAGUUGAACUUCAAGAAUAUUUCAUUCAGACACUUGCUCUAAUUGACAUUCUUCUUCGACUAGAUGUUUCCUCGAAGUACGAUACAGAAUUCCGAUCUCAAUGCACAAGAGAAUUUAAAAAGUUUAAAACUCAAUCGCGAAUGAUGACUAAUUUUGAUGCUUAUAUGGAGAAAAAAGCUUUAUGGUGUUACCUGCAUCAUACAACCUUGCGGAAAUUCAUUCACAAUGCUUUAUCCACCCAAGACAUACAGCAGAUGCUUUCCUGCCAUUCGAUUAUUCAAAGUAUUAAUGAACAACUAAAACAGAGUCGCCAUAGAACAUUCAAUAGAGUUUAUUUCGGUCAAAUAAUGACGUCUUAUGAGAUUGGAUAUCUUCAGAAAUCUGUCAAUGGAUUAUUUUCAACAACAACAUUUCUUCUAACAGAUGAAAAUGAAGAUAGAGCAAGACAAAAACUUCAAGAAUCUCUCUCCCAUCCUCGUUCGGAUACAGAACGAUAUUAUAACGUGUUCUUCAUCGUCAAUAUCGAUGAGAAUGCGAGAGUCUCGAAACCAUUCGGUGCAAUCGAUAAAAUCGCUGGUUUCAUUCCUGAAGGAGAAGUCUUGUUUAUGAUCGGUUCUAUCUUUCGAUUGACUGAAGUGCAAGACACAGAAACUGAAGUACUUGUCAAGCUGGACCUGUGUUCUGAGGAUGAACCGCAUAUUCAACAGAUCUUCGAAGAAAUGAGACGCCAUAUUGGUGCUUCGAGCGAAGUCGGUAAGAUCGAUCUCCAAGCAUUUGCAGAUAUUAUCCGUAGAUGGGGCAAACUUGACAGUGCCGAAAGUAUCUAUGUUAAACUAAUCGGUGAUUUACAAGGGUUACCAUUGAAGGAACUAUACAAAACAUUGGCAACAAUAAGCAAGGACAAAAAUGAACACGUAGAAAGUGUGCAACGGUUUGAGAAAGCGUUAGAAACUCAAAAAAAAACUGAGCCACACAACUGGAUGGAAAUUGCCAGUCUUAACGAUUGGCUUGGCAAUGCACACUUUCGUAACAAAAGUUUCAGUCAAGCAUUGAAAUAUCACAAAGAAGCCCGAAAUUAUUUUCGUCAAGAAAGAUCCGAAAAUCAUCCACGCAUGGCAAAUAUCAAUAGCAAUAUUGGCUCUGAUUAUAAAGAAAAAAGUGAUUAUACCGAUGCGUUAAAAUACUUCCUUAGAGCGUUAGAGAUAUAUGCAAGGAAUCCGUCGAAUAAUCCAACGAAUGUAGCGAAAACUCAUAAUGAGAUUGCCAUUGUUUAUUCUCGUCUAAACAGAUAUGAUGAUGCAUUGGAGCAUUUCAAACGAUCGAUUGACAUCCGGAGACAAGGCAACCCGCGUGACGAUGAUACAGCGCUGGCCAGUAUUUAUCGAAAUAUGGGCGAGCUCUAUGAAAGAAUGAAUGAUCUGCCACAGGCGCUAUUGCAUUACAAAGAUGCCUAUGAUAUUUAUCUCCGUUCAAUAAUACCCAAUCAAGCUAUUUUACAUGAACUUCAUCGAAAAAUGUAUGCGAUCACACCGAGACUAUAA